AGUUGAACGAGCGGAGCAUCCUCUGCAGAAAGACAUCUCCUCGGUAAGAGCUGUCGCAUUGGCGCUCAAAUGGCAAAAGCUGCACUGUAGAGACGAAUGAAAAACGCGCUUCAGAGAUUCAAUGGGGCGCAGAAAGUCAAAAAGAAAGCCACCUCCCAAGAAAAAAAUGACAGGUAACCUGGACACCCAGUUCACUUGCCCUUUUUGCAACCACGAGAAAUCCUGUGAUGUCAAAAUGGAACGAACCCGCAACACCGGAAUUAUAUCCUGCAGCGUUUGCUUGGAGGAGUUUCAGACUCCUAUAACCUAUCUGUCUGAACCGGUGGAUGUUUACAGCGACUGGAUCGAUGCCUGUGAAGCAGCCAACCAGUAGUGUUCCUAACGACCUUCUCUCUAACCUCACUUUCUGCUCCCUGAAGUAAUUCCUAUUGAGCUAGCACAAUGUAGCCAAACAUUUUGUCUUUCUCUCGAGUUGCGUUGGAUUUUUAAGUUUCAUUUUUUUCUUGCCGACUAUGACACAUUUCUCUGGCUGGGCCAGAGUGUGGUUAUGUUGUUUUGACAGUAACAUGUCUCCGUAAAUCAAUUUCAUAUAGUGACAUAGUUUAGGACCCCCUCCUGGACCAAACUGUCAAAUAAUAGUUUAAAAUAGAAUCCAUCCAACCAUUUUUUUUGUAAUGCCUGUUUAAAGAAAUUGAUUCUUUUCUGAUGACAAUUAGAUGUAGAUGUCUUUAAAUCCUGAUGACACGACCGCAAAAUUACGUUUGUCACAUGUAGAUUUUGGUUAUUUUUACCAACCCUGUCACUGUUGCACUCAGAACCUUUUGACAAAACUUUGUUUUUUUUUUUUUUGGACCAAUAUAUAUAUUUGUAGAUUUUCCUUUUAAAAAAAAAAAACAAACAAAAAAAAAACAUCUAACUUCUGUACACUACUUUGUUGUAUUUGUGUACUUUAAGGUACUGACUGUAGAGAGAAAAUAAAGUCAAAACAGUA